UUAAAACAGUCAAAACGUUAUACGCAACCAGUUCAGAUACAAUCUAUGCUGGAUUCUAGAAAUUAGAGAUUCCCUUAGAGAUUCGACAGCAACAACAAAAAUUUUACAAUGAUCUAUUAUGUGCUACAGACAGUCUCGACUGCACUAUUCACCACAGUGAGCACCAUUUGGAUGGUGGAAGAGACCAUAAUCAACCUGAUGAUGACGUGCUCUUUGAUGGCCCUGCGCAUUGCCUGCCAUCCAAUGAUGUUGAUACCAAUGCUACUGGGAACCUAUUAUGUGAUUCGAAAAAUAUGGUUGCGACGUCGGCCACCUGUCGAGGGAGAAGGCCCUGGAAUGCGUAGUCUGCCGCGUACUCCCCGAAUCGGAUCAUAUCGCAGCAUUGGCAGCAUCUCGGCACGCAGUAAUGAUAGCUACGACUAUGAAAUGUCCGAGGAGGAGGCACGCAAACGCUCAUAAUUUUAUAAGAUGCAAUUCAUUUUGUUAAAUUGAUCCAGUAUAUGUAUAUGUUAUGUGCUUCGAUUUAUUAGAUAUAGGCUUAUUUUCAUGCAGACCAGAAAAUACACAUGAAUAUAUAUAAAUAGA